AUGGGAGACUUUGGAUGCGGAGGUGGUGGUUGGACGCUGGCCAUGAAGACCGAUGGCACAAAGGUACCCACAAAGUGCUCUUUUAAGUUCAACUAAUUGAUUAAAUGAAUCAAGAUAAUUAUUAAUCUUAUUUUAAAAGUAAUUGAAACUAUCCAAGAACAUCAUUUUUUUUCUCUUAAAAUUAUACAUUAAGUGCCUUUGGUAAAUCUAAUCUGGCUAUCUAUCUCUUCAGAUUUCUUUGAACAUUGUUGUGAUCUUAAACAUUUCCACAGCCAGUUUCACUUCAAAAAAGACAAGAAGUAAGAAACGAAGAAAUGCUAUGAUUACCUAAUACCGAAAUAUGGUUAAUUUCUUUGAAUAAUCUCAAUUUUGUCUUUCAGAGAACGUUCGACUACAAGUCUCAUUUUUGGACCAGCAAAAAUGAAUACAAUCUCGCUGGUGGUAAGACCGGAUUUGACACACAAGAAACCAAAUUGCCUUCUUACUGGGAAACAAAUUUCUCUAAAAUUUGUCUGGGUAUGAGAAUUGGUAAUCAGACAAACUUUAUUACCAUCAACAGACAAGCCAGUUCUCUCUACUCCCUCAUUGCUGAUGGAAUAUAUCGCGCAACCCCUCUGGGUCGUAAUUACUGGAAGACGCUGAUUGGUUCUCAGGCUUCCCUGCAGCCCAACUGUAACAGAGAGGGUUUUAACGCUGCUUGCGGGCGGCGCAAUGGUACAAGAGAUAAGGUCAGGGUAAGAAUCGGUAUCCUUGGAAACAACGAAAACGAUUGCCGCACGGUUGAUUCCAGAAUCGGGUUUGGCAUGCAAGGGAUACCAUGGCCAAAUGAGAUCAAUACAUGUGGCAAUGCAGCUCGGGAGGGAGAUAAUGGUAGAAAGCGCAUCAAAACCUUUGGAUAUAUCCUGGUGCAGUAGAACAGAAAUAACGUGGUGUUUUGGCUUACAAAUAAGAAUACAAACACAUUCUCUUGUCUUAUUAUGUUAAGCAUAUGCAAAAAGUUUGAACUGCUUUAAGCUUGUCUUUAAGAAAGGUAGCACCAAGUUGGCUAUAAUCAUCUCAUCAAAUAUCAUAAAGGAAGGUCUGCACUGACGUUUGACGGCUAAAUAUUGCCCCUCUUGACGGUUGACUGUUUAAAUAUGACGUCAUUUUCCUUAUAAAGGAAUUAUAAGAUGCAGAAAACUGGAAUUCAAAGUAAAUUGUUGUCUUACAAAUCUGUAUUCGUUGAAGUAAUACACUCCCCUUCUCUUGCCCACGUAUUACUUACUUGUUGACAACUUGCAACAUAAUUGAUUUCAUCAAUUGACGUACGUCACGACUAACUGAGUAAUCAGAGCCACAACUUGAUUCUUUCUUGCUAACACACGUGAUCAAGAAAAUCAGCAUUUGUCCGCAUAGUGCAGUUAGCUUCGGCUUGAAAGGAAAUUGCAAAUAGGCAGACUAUUGCCUUGGUUACUUUGAGGUAGAAUGUUUAAAGUCCCUUAUUUUCCCUUAAGUUUGCUUCGAUCGAGCGCUUAUAACGGACAGUCACCUCUCAGUUUCAACUGUAUCAAAGGGACGAGCGUCGACCGUUACCGAAAGCGCUCGAUGAGAUGUCAAAGCAAACACCCAAGUCCAAAAGACUGUAGCCUGAGAUCAGGUUAAAAAGACUGUCGACCAAUGCACCCUUUCACUGAUUUGAAGAGUAGGAUCCGUACAAUGUUUACUACUGUUUCCAAAUCAUUGUGGGGAAAAAAUAGAUCAAAUUUGAAAUCACGCUUACUUCGAUUUUUCUCGGUAAGCAAAAUGAAGUACGUUAAAUUAAUUCAAAAUGGCAGAUCCAAGAUGGUGGAUAGUUUCAGCUCCUUCUUUGAUAAUAAAUGACGUCAUCAAGACAUCAUUGCCAGUGUUAAAGAUAAUUCAUGUGUAAGCCAACUUCUUGACUUUAUUCUUCUUUUGCCUUUCUCAGUCUUAUUUUAGCUCGACUCGCCAGAAGUAUGUCUAGAAAUUUCUUAACGAUUAUAUUUAACCGACUGUCACUGUACUUUUAGUAUAGGGCCACGUCGACAGCGUCUGAUUAUAAAGAAGCAUUUCCUGAGUCCAAGAGAAAAAUAUUGAAAAAUAAUUUUACAAUAUUUUAACCGCAAAACAAAAAUACUACACAUAAUAUGGCCACAUAAUUUUUAAAGCCAAAUCGUCUUGGAUUUAGCCGAGAAUGAACAGGUCUAUCAACUCCAAAUUUACUUACUGUCAUUUCUUUUUUAUAGCUAGGAUUAACUUCACUUCUUUUUUUUGCUAAAACCUUUCUGAAGUUCACCUUGUGUCUUGUUCUUCCAUAAAGCAUACAUGUAGCUAAUAUUUGUCGGUGACUUUUGUGGUAAAACUAUUUUUAUGAAGUGGGCUGGAAUCAUGACGUCAAGUCGUUGAGUCGAAACCAUCCUUCCGGAAAGACAAAUGUAUCCUAUAUUAGAUGGAAUGAAUCGAAUUUAGAACAUGCAAAGGUGAAUGUGUUUUUUACGUCUUAGCUAUUUCUUUCUUCUCUUCUCUUUUUUUUUAGCAGUACGUACGAUUUGACCUGAUUUUCAAGGGGACAUGCCCAUAACCCUGAAAAAACAGCAUUUUGUACUCAAAUUGGGCCGCUGUUUUUUCAAUCGUUAACCAGCAGGAACAUACUAAAAUAUACUUCUACAAAUGACGAAUUUCCCAUUGUUCUCGUAUUCUUAACUUCCUACGUACGUUAUUUGCAAUACAAUCAGUGUCGUUUUUAUUAUUAGCCGUGUUGCAUUGCUAUCAAUUUCGUCGGGGAUAUAAUUAUUGAUCAAAGGAUAUAAAAGGCAGCCACUCUCACUAACGUAAACACAGCAGAAAUUCUUACAAUGCGUUUAACAGUUGUUUUACUUCAUCUGACCGUCGUCGUGACUGCAGGUGGUAAGCCUCCAAAACACUGCGAUGAUUCCGUGCCAGUAAACAACUGUAAUUGUCAUUGCAAUCUGAAUCCUGACUCACGUUUACGAGACGCCGUUAGUGUUUUGGAAAGGAAAAUGGAUUAUCUGAUUGCACUAACACUCAAUGUGUCUGUUCCCAAUCCUGUAGCACAAGGUAGGCAGACAGUUUACACUUCAUCACAUAGGGUGAUUAAAAGAGAUUAACUAUUUUUUACCUUAUAUUUGAUAACACUCUUUGUUUUUCUUAAUGGAUUAAAUUACGUGUCUGCUACAUGUCAAAGCUUGUUGUUAGAGGGAGAUACACAAGCUUCUUGUAGUACCCAUAAACAUAUCAGUUGAUUUUUCGUCAUUUGCUGUUACUAUUAUUAUCGUAAUUAUUGUUAUUAUUAUUGUCAUUAUUUUUAAUUCAUUUUUUUGUGCUCAAUUCCUUUGUGUCUUGAUGUUCACUGUUAUUUUCUUGCUCAAAUAGUCCCCCACAUUUCUUCAUGCAAGGAACAAUACGAAAAAGACAAGUAAGUCCAGAAUAAUUCUUCGAAAUUCCAUCUUGGUUAAGUUGUUAACAGUUUUCUACACAAUCAGCAAUCAGUAUAUUGUUAGUGUUUAAAACUGUCAACACAUAUAACUAGGUUUAGCUCGAAUAGAUCUUUUCCUAUGACGUCACUGCGGCCAAAAACGUAGUGUUCCAAAGUAAUGAAACAGUGACUAUGUUUAUGUAUCAAGCCAAACUGUUUUUUUCUCUUGUAAACACUUCCUUUUGUCUCAGUAAUUUCAAACGUUGAAGGAACCAUUUAAAGUGAGCAAUUUGUGUAAUUUUCUGGUCUUUGUAAGGAUGAAAUAUCCAAGGAAAUGGCAGCCAUCAAAAACUGCGAUACGAUGCACCUGGGUGGCAAAAACGAGAACGUGAAUUAGUCAUGCAUUCUUUGUAAAAUUUCAAGUUUUUAAAAUAAAAUUUCUCUUAAACUAUUCCAUGCAUUGGGCCCACAUUUUCAUAGAUUACCUAUAUCGCUAUGUGCUAUUUUAGUCGAGAAAGUGAAUUAAUAAUACCAAAAAAGAAUGAAAAAAUUGAAAAAGUUAUUUCCAAAAAUAGGAUUUUGUCGAACAAACAGCGUGCUUACUGUCAGUAAUAGGACAGUUAAAAAGACGUAAAAAAUGUUAACACAUAUCUUGGUGAAUACAUGACAAUAAUUUAAAAAUAGGUAACACUUCUCCUUUUCCGUUAAUAGUUCUUCAAAGAGCCGCGUCUAUAAUCUGAGAUUUGGUUCGCAAGAAAUUGAUGUCUACUGUCACAUGGGGGAUUUUGGAUGUGGCGCUGGGGGUUGGACACCAGUAAUGAAGAUCGAUGGUACAAAGGUUUGUAAAAAUACGUUGAAAAUCUGCUGAAAUUUAUCUGAACUGAAAAGGGAAGCAACAAAAGACGCAACAAUAACCACGAAAGAGCGUACUGACUAAUAUCAUAAUUAUAAUGACCAUACCGACCAGGUGUGCAAAAGGCGCCUUAAAUGGAAUAGAGGAAACUCCACCCAUCAAAAUAUUUGUUUCUUUUGACUUUUUCGCCGGUGGCUCUUUUAUUUAACGAUUAGUUUUUCAAAUAUAUAUGAUAGUUGACAAGUAGUGAGUGCCUCAACAAUUUAUGCACCUAAAACCCCGUGCACUUUCACUAUCAGAGGCUAAAAAUGGCAAAAUGUUAAUUUGCGCAACUUUGAUAGAUUUCUAUAGGUAUUUGAUUUUUUUAGAUAUGCCUUAUUUAGAUAUUAAUGUUUAUAAUUAUCAUUAAAAUUACUAUUUUUACUAAGCUCAUAAGCACUUGUGAAUAGCUUUUUUAAAAUUUAGCAAUAAUAUUAUACACAUGAAAUAAUAUUAUUAAUUCGGUUUUAAUUUCCACAAUAUUUUUUUAUUUUAAUCUAUAGUGUCAAAUAAAGGUAUUGAUUGAUUGAUUGAUUGAUUAUUAUUAUUGGUAUUAUUAUUAUCAUCAUUAUUAUUAUUAUUGGUUAUUAUUAUCAUUGGUGCUUGUUUAUUUACACAUGUGAGCUCCUAGGUGUUAAUGGUUAAAUGAAUUUGAUUGAUUGAUGAUGAUGAUUAUUAUUAUUACUACUGUGAAGGGUUUGAACCCAGGAGAUUUUGAUCGUUCAGUAGAACAUAGUCCUGAAUAGGACUGUUGUUGUUGACAGUCACUACAACAAAAGUCCUAUUCAGGACUACGUUCACCCGGACGAUCAAACUCAACCUACUUUUUAUUAUUAUUACUAUUACUAUAAUAAUAAUAGUAAUAAUAAGAAUGAUAGUAAUAAUAAUAACUAUUAUUAUUAUUAUUUAUAACUAUUAGUAUUGGUAUUUGUCAUAGUAUCAAAUUUAUUUAACACUUAUAGUUUUUCUCUCCUGAAUUAAAUUUAGAAAACUUUUCACUACGAUUCUCCAUUUUGGAGCAACAGGAUUGACCAUAACCUCCCUGGGGGCAAGACUGGUUUCGACCACGAAGAGACCAAACUACCAUCCUACUGGAAAACUCCCUUCUCCAAGGUCUGCCUCGGCAUGAGAGUGGGUCAUCAAGUAAGAUUCUUUACUAUCAACAAGAACUCCAACUCGCUUUUCUCUCUGAUCGCUGACGGAAAUUACCGCCCCACGCAGGAGGGCCGUAAUACGUGGAAGAGCUUGGUUGGCUCUCAGGCGUCUUUGGAGCCCCAGUGUAAUAUGGAGGGGUUUAAUGCUGUGUGUAGAAGAAGUGACCGUUCCAAGGCAAGAAUCGGUAUUCUUGGCGACGACGGAGAUAGCUGUUUAUCCUGUAGUUCUAGGAUUGGAUUCGGUAUGGGAGGAUUUCCUGAUGACUCAAACACAUGUGGAAAUGUAGCUACAAACAGACCCGAUAAUGGAGAAAGACGCAUUACUACGAUGGGUUACAUACUGGUCCAAUAAAGCCAAGUUCAUAGUUUACUUGUGAUAUCUUUCCUUCCAAGUUACCCCCCUGGGGUUAAGCGCCGCUCCGGGUCCAGCCCUGUACCCCUUUCAAAAAGCUAAGAAGUUUAGAACGCGGUAUCCCAAACCUUUAAACUGUUGUAAAUGCGCCAUCUUGUAAAUAUGAAUAAAUACCUUAACCAGGAAGUUCUCUUGCCUUUUUCACUUUUUAGUCCGUUUACAGACCAAAAUGACAGAUUUCCCUGUUCGGUUAACGUCCACUUUCCUAAGGAACAACAACAACAGCAACAACAGAAUAAUAUGUCCUCCUCAGGCUUAGAUUUUCCGCUGACUUGUCAUCAUUUCUUUCACUAGAUAAAUUGUGGCGUGUGAAUAAGUUGGCCGCAGACAGAUUGUGGCUGCAUUUCGACGUGCAACGUUGAUAGCGAAUCAGGAGGCGCUAGUUCCUUGGAGACGAGACUUUCAAAUUCAAAAUUAUUUGAUAAUUAUUCUGUUUUCAAGUCGACACGCAAAAGCACAGCACAUGUUGCAAACAUUACUUUUUACUCUAAUAGAAACCUUGCUCUUUCAGCAAAGAGCUAAUAUUACAUUACCUGCAUCUUAAUCUUUACCACAAAAGUGAAGAAAUGAAGUUCUUUAACCGGCCACGGAGAUCGAAAGGUAGGCAGACACAACUUACACUUAUAUUCCUACUUUCAGCUCAAAUACAAACCUAACAAAGCCUGAGAUAGAUAUUACUUUUAUUACGGUUUUAAUUCCACCUCGUUUCAACAUAUUGUUAUCAUGUUUACAUCUAGUUAAUUUUGUGUCAUUGAAGAAAUUUCUGCUGGAAGUGAAAACCAUGCCGCAAGGUCAAAGCUACUAAUGUCCAUGAGAAAUAAUGCACGUGACCAGCAUGGAAUGCAACCCUGAACUUGAUCGAACUUCAGAAAUUGAGAAACGCAAUCCAUUCAACCAAAAUUUCCGGAAAUUUCGGUCCAAAACUCAAUGGAUCGGUUCGAUCCAACCGGAAAAGUUUCGACAAAAUUGGUCCACCUUUUGAGGUGGAUCACUUUUCCUAGUCGGACCGGUCGGCAUUUUGGUUGAAUGGAUCGCGCCCCUUGUACUUGUUUCAAAUAAUUAAAGCUACUUGCAAAAGGAUGCAACAACCCCCAAACAUUUUUGGCCCAACAAUGUUGGGAGUUGUUGCGUCCGUUUGCAGCUGGCUUAACUUUUGACCGGUUUCAAACUUUGCGCAGCCAGUCCCAACAACACGCAACAACGUACAACAACAUCUAACAAGGUGUGCAAACGGACGCAACAUGGAACAUACGUUGGGAGUUGUUGGCCGACAAUGUUGCGUCCGUUUGCACGGGGCUUAAGCAGUAAACCUAAGCACAAAGACUUGUUUAGACUCAGUUUAUUACCAUUUUAUCACGAGCGAUUUUAUUUAAAGCGUUUUAUGUCAAUUCUUAUGCAACAGAGCGAAGGUACGACUGAUAAGAAGACAACUGGACUGUUCACGGCGUUAGACUAGCCUCCGGCUGACGUGCGUUGCUCAAAACUGUCUUAAGUUUGCUUAAACUCCCUGAAAUCUAAAUAUAACCCAAGGGUGACACAAAAUUGUUGGGAGCCUCCUUAAUACAGGGGAAAAGCUAUGGACCACCAUUACCACGUGACUGAAGAGCAAUACCAUUGAGUCUUCCAUUCUUAUUUUGUUUUUCCCUCAUUAGUAAGAUACAGCGCACCUUUAAUGACGUAAACAAUACUAGGACAACAAAUGACGCUUCUAGCUGAUCACAGUACAAUGCUAUCGAGAGAUUUUUGUCUCAAAAUUUGAAAUUUUAAAACUUUCAAAAAGCAAGCCUCUUUGUGCGAGUCUAGCUUCACUUUUGUUACCAAUGACUUAAAAAAAAGGAUAAAAACAGACGACAAAACCAAAUUAAGUAAUCGUAGACGACGUUUCACAGUCACUAUUAUUGAUUCAGCUUUAAUUUUUUACAAAGUUGCCGCUCUACAAUGUACAGCGUUUGACUGACAAUUUAAUGAAUCGGAAAACAAGAAAUUUGAAAAAUUUAUAAUUAACGUUAUGGCAGUUUUAAACAAAACGACGGUCCAGGAAUUGAAAGGAUAUUUUUUUGUUUGUACCCAGAGUGACACAGAGUUAGUAUUUGCUCGCGGUAUUCGUGCACGCGUGAAUGUACUACUCUGAUUGCAGCUGCUUUCGGACUAACAGCCCCAAUUAUAAAAAACAACCCUUACAACUGUAAUCAAAUCCAUCCUUUGGGUCUGUGUGCUAAUUUGUCUUUUAUGAUGAUUCGAAUGAUACGUCCUUCAGUUUUUAGCGCUGAUAACUGGAAAAUUCAACUGGAAAUUUCUUGAAUUUGAUUUUGCCCAUUAGUGGAACUUAAAGAGUUUAGAUAUCGCCACGAGUGCGAUGAAAACAAAAGAAAUUCAAUUUUAAAUGAUAACAAGGAAAAAAGGAAUUAGUUUUCUGAAAGAUUAUAUUUUCCGGUAGGACUGAGCGUUAGCUGUCGACUAAUACAACAAAGAAAAAUUUCAUUUAAUUAGCAUAUCUCGUGAUCCAGCUGCCGUUUUCCACAUCUUUUAAAACAGCUAGUUUUAGCACACUGACGUUUAAUUACAAGACAUUUUCUACCCUUGUCAAGUGUUCUUAAAAAUCUCUAUAUCCUGUAUCGAUGAGAAAAAGCUUUUGCCAUAACAGCGGUAACGGUCUUCGUUUGAAGAGGUGAGGUUUCUGCUAUAAUAUUUUAUCCCAUUGCACGGUGUCCGGAUUUGUAUUCUCGCAGCUAUCUCGCCCGUACUGGGACAAAUUGAAAAAGAAAAAGAAUACAGUAACUGUUAAAAUAUAAAGGUCUUAAAUUUCAGUUAACCUGUACGGGAAGCAUGCAAAGCUACAUUGUCCAUGAAGGCGCUCAUGGAAAGAAAUUUAAAGACAAAAGUAUAAUUGUUUAAUGUAAAGUUAAGAAAUAACAGAGGAUAUUGGUUUAAGUCACGAUUUUUUCCUUCUUUCUGAAUCAAAUCAGAACUAAAAGCGAUCAAAUAGCCCAUAAAGCUUAUGUUAGCUUAGAGACUGAAACCUAACAGUUAAAAAUAAGAAGGUUGAGAUUUUCGUAUCUUUUUUUAUAAAACUAGAGGAAAAAUAUGAAAUUUAAAUAUAAUAUUAAUAGCAACGUUAUCAGAUUGCAUUUUAUGCAUCCUCUUUGUAUGCAACCAGAGCUGGGAAAUAAUCGUUUAUAUAAAUAUAUUUGAAAGUGCUGCCUAAACAGAUGCUUUUGUACAAAGUAAUAAACGACAAUAAUACAUUGUUGGAACCUUAACCUAACCCCAGUACUAUCCCAUAACUAAAACAAAUUGCUUAUUUAAGACAAAGCAAUACACCACAGCUCCAUUAUCAUUAUUUUUUAAAACAGUGUUAGAUUACUGCUUUAUAUUUACCUUUAAAUCAAGAUUGGGGCGGGGGGGUUACUCCCCAUAAUGGCCUAUACCCUAUACGGUGAGGCUCCGCCAGAAAGGAUCUAGUCCCUCCUUCCGGCCUCGGGUCUGUAAAAGGGCACCAAAGGGCUAACAGUUGUAUUUUAUGGCUGUGAAAAAGUCGAGAAAGCGUUCCGGUUUUCUAUUUUUUUUUUUUAAUUUUAUGCUCGAACGACAGAGCAAUUACGCGAUCAAAAAGGAUACAAAGGUGUAAGCUAGGUAUAAGAAAGAGGUACCAUUUAUCAUUGAAGUUAUAAGAAAGGGGCGUGGCCUUUUCUGUCAAACAUGGUAUUAAAAGAACUUGUUGAGUACCCCCCCCAACAAUGGGUUGGGGGUAAUAAGGUGGGUAGUUUCCUCAGAUUCUGAUGACGAGCCCUUUAAAGUUUUUGUUAGAGAAUUAACUAAUCUAGGACCCACCUGAAAAAAUCAAACCGUUUAAAGAAACAACGAGAAGGCGAUUAAACCUUACCAUUAAACGACCACCCUCGAGGUAACGGAAAUUGGCUGCUUAAUGGAGAUUUAACUGUGUACUAUUUGAAAUCUGAUCUUUUUGUAACGCUUUAGUGUAACUGUGAUGUCAAAUGUUCUAUGCCAUUCUUUAUCACAAAGGUAUUAGUAGGUAAAUAGUAUCUUAAAGUUCAUAGCAUUACCUUUCAAAAAUCCAUUUCCUGUGCUUUAAAACGUCGAACUCAAUCCUUUUAAUGGGAUAUUUAUUCUGUAAAAAUGAAACUAUCACGUAGCUACGUUCUUGGCAUCUAAAUACAGAGAACUGGAUCAAAAAAUGAGGCACGCUUUUAUGUGCGCCGUGAAAAAGAUCUCUCCUUAAUUUCAUGAACUACAUACGUAAAAAAUUGUCCCAACAGUUUCUUUCCCCCACCCCCAAAGUAUUUUCCAAUCCACUUAUUUCUCUUAGGUUUCUUUUGAAAAGAUCACACUCUCAAUUUUACUGAGACCGCGUUUUUUUAGUUUCCUGCUACGUAGGGGGAGGGAGGAGGGAUAGGCUCGGAGGCCUUCCCUCUAUAACUUCAAAGCCGCUCAUAUCCCGGCACCAAAAUUAUACAGAAUAAGUUACUCAUCAUUUCAAACUUCUAGGCAUAACAUAAUAUGACAUGAUAUUAAUGACGUAAUAUGACGUCAUUAUGAUGUUAUAUUGUUGAAUUUAUUGGCAGAAUCCAGAGUUCCCUCAAAGUACAGGUAAAGCGUAAAAUACUGAAAUAGUAAAGGUGUCUGAUAAUAUCAAGAUGGUAAACACAUAAAUAAUCUUUUACAGUGGAAAUGAAGCUACAUGUGACCCUCUACAGGAAUUUGAUGCUAAAGGUGAACGCACGCUCACGAGACGCUUGCAUGACACGCUUAGCGUGCCGUAGAUCACGGAUAUGUGCAUAUUAAAUUGUUGUUUUAGUAAAUUUAACACGCUAGACCUUUUGUUUUUUUUGUAGCGUGCCAUAUGUCACGGUAAGUGUGCGAAUUAUAGCACGCUUAGCGUGAAAUUUGGGUAAGACACGCCGAACACGCUUGAUUGCAAAAACUGCUAAGAUGAUAAAAAUGGCUUGGGUUUUCAGCGGAUUUAAUCAGCAUUGAUAACUGGUCGAAGUGAAUCAAAUAUACCAAUUGAGACUGUUUUGGAAUUUGAUCGUAACCGUAGCCAUUUGAAAAUCACCACCACGACAUCAUAUUUUUUACCAAAAAAAGGAUUUGGAACCAUACAUGAUCUUGGAUCCUCUAAUUUGAAUUAAUUAAAUGUGUUCCAUUUUACCUAACACUAUUCAGAGCGGGCUUUUUUGCUUCAUGUGACUUUAAAUAAAUGGACCUUACUUUUUUUAAAAUUUAUUCUCGUGUUAAUUGUCCUUCGAGCCUUGUUUUGGGGUAAAGAUUUUUUUGUAGUCUGCUUAUACGUACAAGGAAGACUUGGAAGUCAAAAGAAGGUGGGUGAAGGUGACUCCUCUUUAUAAUAUAAUUUUUUUGUAACGAUGGGAUCACAAUGAUAUCCACAGCAAUCUUCAUCGACGUCUUUUCUUUUGUAACGGCAGACAGUCGGUAAAUAAAAAGCCGGUAUCCUUUCAAAUUACGAUCCGUCACUUUCUUGACAAUUGUGACUUUCUUUUCAACUCCGAUAAACACUUCGAUGGAUCCUACCAUCAGUUAUAAUGAAAAAAGUAGUUUCGUUUGAUUACAGUCUGGACCUAAUUUAGCCGUGAGCUAAUUUUUGGCCUAAGAUAUUGAUUUGUCCCCCAGGCCUUCUGUCUAAAAACGCACAAUAUUUGUUCACCCAGAGGAAAUCACAUACUGAAUAUUUUCUCAUUUCCUUUGUAACAGUUUCAUGUUGUAAACAGUAUUGACUUAAAAGCAACAGAGACAACACCUGCCAAGCGAAGAAUAAGAUGUAUCGGAAGAAUCCCUAAUUUGAUUUGUACCAAAUACAGAGAAAUUACAGCUUACAAAGUAACACGAGGUACUACUUUACAAAAGUAGCUUGUAUGGCGAAAUGUCCGCUUCAGGCUAGUCGUGGUAAGGAUAAAUUUAAACGUUUAUAAUCCUAUCAAUUAUUGAAUAAUUCCAUGAUACAAAUUUUCUUUCAGUGCUAAGUAGGUCAAUUUCAGACCACCGCCAGUUAAUUCGUUCCAAUGUAUAUGCGGCGGGCGCUGGCAGUUUUGAGCUCUGACUGACGCCUCGAGCUCAUGAUGAAAAUUACCGACAGCCUUCUAUGGUUAUCAAGUAAAGAGAACAGUCAUAUUGCUUUGCAGUAUUCGGCAUUUCCCUCAAAUUCGCUGGUCUUUUUUAGCAGCCGGCAAGUUUUAUAUAUAUAGCAUCUUGAUCUGGGGAAGUAUUCAGUCUGAUACGUUGUACAAUAUAAUGUCCAUUAUGUGCACGACUUAUAACGUACAAUUUUGACAUCGACAAUAUUUCCCGCAAAGAAACUUCUAUAAACGUUGAUAUGAAAUAUUAUCAAGUGGUCAUAAAAUGUUUUUGAAAAGCAUUUUAAUAAGCGCUUCUGGUGAAAUGAAAUAUCAGGUAACCGUAUUGUGAUUAAUUCGUCUUCAGAGAAACUUACAACGAAAAGGCCUGCGUCCAUUGAUGUAAUUGUCUUAUUGUAACUGGACAAUGUGGCAAUCGCAGUUUUUUUUAACUAUUGGCCGAUAACAAGGCAAAAAAUCCUCUACAACCACUUUUGAAGGCAUAUGGGGAAUGUCACGUUUACCAAAGAACUGUCGAUAUAUAACGAUAUAACGAUGUACAGAAUGGCACGUUGAGUGCAUAUUAAAAUAUUCAAUAUUAAAUUAUACUUUUUACGUCUCUUUUAUUUCCCGCAGAAAAACGAUGCAAUUGUACCACGUUCAUUUUAUUGCUCUAUUAAUAAGCUAUCAACAAUAUUUGUUGAAAUGGGUGGAAGGACGCUGCCCUGCAAAGGAAGUACACGACCCAGAGCGGCGAUUUGCCGUCUUUGAACGAAGGAUAAUAGGUAUAAUAAAACCUUCUUCACAGUGUUCCACGGCUGGGGAUAGUAGUUUAGCCUCCGUCGCCCGCUUGACCAUUUUUUUUUUCUUUGUGGUAGGGGCGAAUAAAAAAUAAAAAAUUAAAAAACAAAUGAUUUAAUAGCAAACCAAAAACAUGUAAGGGCUGCAUAUACAUGGUGUCUUGCAUAGGAAAAGGGUAAGACAAAUUCGACUGUCAUUUCAGAUUUUAACCUUAUUCAGACUAGACCACUUGAUUAACAUUAACUUCUUGGAUUCCGGAUUCCACGUCACAGAUUCCGUAUCCCAGGUACUGUAUUCCAACCGUUGUCAGUAGAACUUGGAUUCUGGAUUCCAUGCCAAUCGCUAAUGUCCAGAAUCUCAUUAGUAUGGUGGCCCAAAAGUGUCACGGCAAUUUCAGUUUUACUCACGGCAAUUUCAAUUUGUUCAGGGCAAUAGGCCUUUGCAGGUUUCCAUUCACGUGGUACAAAACCGGCAUAUUCGGACGCAAACGUCGCUCUGAUACGAGAUAAACAAAUUAAAUUACCAUUUAAAAUUAUGCAUGCCUUUUGCUGGUCUUGCCCCAAUGCGACUUUUGCGUCCCAAUAUGCCAGUUUUGUACCACGUGGAUGGAAACCUGCAAAGGGCUAAUUUCAGUUAUACUCACGGUAAUUUCAGUUUGUUCGUAAGUAAAUUGAAUUUGCCAUGCGUAAAAUUGAAAUUGCUGUGGGUAAAUUGAAAUUGCCGUGAGUAAAAUUGAAAUUGCCGUGAGUAAAAUUGAAAUUACCGUCAACAAAUUGAAAUUGCUGUGACACUUUGGGCCACCGUUCUAAUGGGAUUCUGGAUUCUUUGAGCUGUAUUCCGGAUUCCAAAGCCCAGGAUUUCGGAUUCCACCAGCAAACAUUCCUCGGAUUUCGGAAUCCGGAUUGCUUUUUUUUUGCAAGGGGAGAAUUUUCAAUGUUUUCAGAAUAUAGAAGUUAUAAUGACGAAAAUAAGCAAGAUUUAUGCAUUUAUGAGCUUGUCUAGUUCAUUCGUGAUUCCAAAAGACUCGUCUGAUACCAAAACAUUGGCAAAUGUAUUUAAUUGGACUGAAAACUAUCGAUUGAAAAAUCUUAGUUUAAUGAAAUAGGCCUUUUGCACGAUGACGUCUAUAAUUUACUACGAGGACCAGAAUUCAUUUCGUUUUUUCUUUCAUACUUAAAUCUGGUGAUCCCAAUGAUGUUUAUAAUAACAAAAGCAAUAUUUCCUUAAACAUUUUGCACAAAAUGCAAAACCCUGAAUGAUUCUGAUAGAAGUAGUAAAAUGACGCAAUCGUGCAAAAGGCCCAUUGAAACACAAAAUGAUGAAAAAUAUCACACGAAAAUAAUUAGAUCUCAAGAUGAGACUAACAAAAGUUCAAAAGAACUGAAGAAUAUUACUCAAGUAGCAUUCAUAUUUGUGAAUUCGAGGUCAGCGAGGACGUUAUUGAAAAAGGGUUCUGAAAGCCAUUUAAGAUAAGCUAAGGUACCUUCAAUGGAUUUUGUUUUCGUUGAACACGUUUUCUAAAGAUACAAAAUCAAUAAUUUGUGAUUUUGCUCUUCUAUAUCCACUAGAUAAAGCCUUACAUAAUUUUACGAUCCAUUCAAGAAAUGUUCGAUCGCAAAUAGAGUGCUCCUUGUGGUGUUUGCGGCACCAGCUCUGCCGAUCUUUCAAUUAUCAAAAUGAAGCGGGUAAACUCCACAUUUGUGAACUGAACAACGAGACAGCAUUAACGAUGCCACAUGACUUGGUGCAUCGAACUGGCUUUGCAUAUUUCGAUUUUGGAAUGGUAAGGAUGACAUUUCUGAUCAGCCUGUAUGUGUCUGAGGUUCAUUAAUUUUCAAAUUGUGGAUAAGCGCUUAUUGAAAGGGCGGAAGACGGGGUUAUUUAGGUUAGGUGAGGUUGUGACGUCAUGAUUUUGGAUGGCUGCCAUCUUGGAUCCGCCUCGGCUGAAUUGGUUAGCUUCAGAGAACUACGAAUACUGGGCAGUACUCAACGCUUCAAUGAUCUUUACCUAUAAAAUCAUCUAGAAGGAAAAAAUAUCUCCCACCACAAAAUAUUCCAAGAUAAAUUUCAGAGAUUUGGUAAUAUUUAGUUAAAGAGGUUGAAGGCAAUGCUUGGCAACUGGCACUGUCUGCCUGCAAUUUUUCGAAGAAAGAACGUGCCAUUUUUAGUUUAUGCUCAUUAACUUUAUCCCUAUACUGUAUUUUGAUAAAUUUAUUACAUAUAUAAUGGCCAUUUUAUCAGUGUUUGAUCACUGAUGAAACUAAUCCUCUAUCUUCCUAGAAUCCUUGCCUAAAUGCGAAUUGUCAAAACGGCGGGACUUGUUAUCAGACCCUUAAAAGACCUUCCGCUUCAUAUAUAUGCCAGUGCAAACUGCGUUACUAUGGAAACCACUGCCAACACCUCUUGGGUAAUUAUCACAGAAACCUGUAAAAUUUGUUUUACCAAGCUAUUAGAACUAGAAAAUAAUAUGAGCUAGGCAUCGCACGCCCAUACAGACUGGACUUUAUUUACACAUAUUUAUUUAUCCACCAUUUAUUUCGUUAUCCGCCUUUUAUCAAUGUCAUGUAAUUACCUAGUAUAAACUCGAUCCUGGCCUUGUAAAUUUAUACUUUUAUACUCUGAGAGAUCCCAAUAUCCAUAAGCCUUCUGGUUUUUUGCAUAGGUACGCGGAAAAGGGGGAGGGGGAGGUUCCUCACAAUAUUGCUUCUGUUUAUAUACUUUCGACAUUCUUUUCUUUUGUUUUAUCUGUGGCGAAAUAUAUAAACUAAUAAACCUCGUCUAUAGCUAUGCACUGUGUUUAAGAAAAUAAAGGAAUCAAAUUCGUGAAGAUCAAGAAGAUGCAAUUGUACUUUAUUUCCCUUAUGCAGGAUUCCGUUUUACAAAUUCCAGUUCAGGAGAUCAUGCUUCUGUUCAAGUAAAGGGAAACGCAGAGAUCAACUGUUUGACUGUUUGUCUGCGAUUUAAGGCCACUCAACUUGAAAAUGGGACUGGCACGUUGCUAUCAUUCGUCAACAACGAUUCUGCUUUUGUUGUGCAACUUCAUGUUAACAGAACUGUUAGAAUUAGAAUGAAAAAUCAUUGCAGGUAUUUCUUUAUUUAGUUAUUUUUUGAUAUUUUUACUUUUCCUAAAUGAAUUUAUCAAACAGAGUAGCAUGAUGGGAAAAUACGUUUGUCAAGUCAGUAAUACCCACAGCAUUUUAAUGGAAGUCAUCUUAGCGCAUAAAACUACUUUUGUUAACUUAAAUUCUGACUUUGAAGACAAGUGGACACAGGAAGGAAAAUAUGCAUCUUUCUACAGCUAACGAAAACGACCAAAGAGGUUGUCGAAGGGUUACUCUAACCUCACCCAAAACUGACUUAGGGUUAGGGGGAAAUUCCGGGUCCCGAGAAACCUAUAGAAGGCCCCUCUUCUAGGACAUCUUCUUACAAAAGGUCCCUCCUAUUGAACUAGGUUUUUUUUUAAUUUACUAGUGACUUCACAUAUGUUUCUCUGUUGGAUAACACGUUUCAUCACGUGUGCUUCACGUGGGAAAACAAUGUUGGAAAUCUAUCACUAUAUAUCGACGGCCUACUGAUUGGACAAAAGCAAAGUGUACUUUUGCGACACAGCAUAAAAAGCUCUGGAACGCUUGUUCUGGGUCAGCUACAGGAAAUAAUUGCAGGGAAUGUCGUCUUGAAAGAAUCGUACCUUGGAGAUAUUACUGAUGUGAAUAUGUGGAGCAGUGUGUUAACUUGGAGUGUCAUUAGUGAACAAUCUCGUUUGUGUUAUCGUUAUUCCGGUGACUUACUCUCUUGGUCAUCAUUUUCCAGUGGGCUUCUUCAAUUUCAUAAAAGAGAGGAUAGCAUUCCUGCGGAGUGUAGAGGUUUUGGUGGGUGCAUUUCCAUACAAACGAUGCAAGUUAAUAAGUAUUGGUAACAGGAAGUGAGUAGAGUCCAAUUCGGUCUUUAAUCAUAAUCGUGAUUAACAAAAUCGGAAGACCGCGUAGCGGGAUUUGUUUAAUCAGGAGUAUGACCGAAUUGGACGACACGAAAUUCUGUUACCAGUUAAUAACAACUUUAACAAAAUUUGUGAUAUGGUAGGCUCUUUUUUAAAUCAAGGCACAAGAAACUAAGAGUUUUUUUGGCCAGCUGUGAAAAAAAAGCCAUUUAAGAGCUCGAGUGCGUACUGCCCAAUUACUUAGGCAUGAGGCGUACUGUCCUAAUACACUGUCCUAUUAGUGCUGAAAUCAGGGCAUUUGAUAGCCAAUCAGAUCUCUGAAUAUUGUUAUAGUUAUAGUUAUAGUUAUGAUAAUAAUAAUAAAUAAUAAUAAUAAUGAUGAUAAUAAUAGCGAUAAGGUUAACAUUGAUGGUGAUGAUGAUGAUGAUCACGUGAUAUCCAUGAAGGUGAACUAUCCAAUACUAAGAAUACGCAAACUAACUAAUACCUUGUGUGUUCUUAUCCAGAUCCUUCUUCAACGUUUGAUAUAGAAUUUCCGAGGAGGACCAACCAAGACUAUGUUCUUCUGAAGGAAGCCUUACCAGCGCUUAGUGCUUUCACAGUUAGUCUAUUUGUCAGCUUCACAGAUCACGGGGACAAAACAUAUUUCAACUACUUUGCCCAAGGGGCGAUGAAUGAAAUAUUUUUUCACGAAAGAGACGCAAAAUUCAUUAUAUGGAUCAAACGAAAAUCAAGGUUGGUGUAGAAUCUGCUAAAUCUUGUUACCAGAAAAUACAAUCGUUUCAAAACACAAUAGUUUUUUUAGUCCUAAUAAAUCGAAACGCAGUUUACUCGUAGUCUUAGCCUUCGUCAACGAGCCACAAAUAGCUAAAUAGCGCCUCGCUUUCAUGAUUGAACUUUCUUUAGUGUUUCUUUGACAAGGCACGAAAACGAAGGCUUCUUUUUGUUGUUAUAUUUUCCUUUUUUUCCGAUUUAAAUAAUUAUACUUUUCUGCGCGUUUUUAAAAGAAAUGUAAAUUCCAAGUAAUGCAAUUGGACUAGCUGAGUCUCGUUCAUGCACGGAAGGUGGGCUGCAGAAUAAUAAAUACAGAUGAGAGCCAGCUAGGAAUAAUAACAGUAUUAUGACAAACCAAACAGUAUGAUAACAAACCAACCGCUGCCCGGUUAGCUCAAUUGGAUAAGCGCCGGUCUGCCGAGCGGGAGGUCGGGGGUUAAAAUCCCGGCUGGACCAAAACUCAGGGUCUUAAAAUAACCGAGGAGAAGGUGCUGCCUUUGUUUUGACAUCUACUAAUUGUUAAAGGUUCUAGUCUUCUCGGAUAGGAACGAAAACCGUAGGCUCCCUCUCACAGCUCUUUCUCUUUUCUGAUUCUUGUGGGACGUAAAAGAACUAACACUGUUGUUCGUAAAGAUUAAGGGGCGUAGACGUGACGCCACCACUGGUUUCCCAGCGAAAUGACGUCUGAGAAACGAGCGCAGAAAUUCCAUACUGAUGACGCAUCACUACCCAGAUCUAGGUAGUACCUCUGAUUAGUUAAAGCCAAUUUCCCACGCGGCAUGACCAAUCAAAAGCACUACCCAGAUCUUGGUAGUGACACGCGUACACUCGUUUCUUGGACGUCAUUUCGCAGGGAAACCAGUGAUGGCGUCGUGAAAUGUCGGCUGUUUUCUUAGGCUAGAAAAAUCGACCGUUUAGCAUAGUCGAACGACACCAUCCAACUAACUCUAGGAGAAAAAACCUCCUGAUGAGGAAUGUCUAGCCAUUUUUGUGGAAUUUUUACAUUUGAUUCCAGGUCGCACCAAUUGCAGAUCUCACCGAACGCUUUGUGGCAUCAUUUAGCAGUGACCUGGGAAAAUGUCAAUGGGAGCUACGAGAUAUUUGUAAACGGCAAGUUCAGGGAAAGAGGAGAGGACUUGGCGAAAGGAACUCUUAUUAUUCCGGAAGGAAAUAUUGUUCUCGGAAACGACAAAGAUUCCCAUGUACCUGCCGGCUUUGAAGCCAGGGAUGCGUUCGUUGGAAACAUUUCCAGAGUUAAUGUUUGGGAUUAUGUGCUUCCACGUGAAACGAUAGAGUUACUUUCUCAGCGAUGCGGGCUGGAGAACGGUAAAACGGUUGGGUGGAGGGACUUUAAGAAUGGAUCUUUCAAUGGUGAGGCCUUCAUUCGGGAACCUUCAUCCUGUCAGCGAGUGGAAUAAUUUAUGAGAGAGCCUGUCAUGGUGGUCAUCAUUUCGGCAACUUUAAUUCUAAAGUUGUUGACUGAUUGGUCAAGUGCUGGAAUAAAAGAAGUCAAAAUACGU